AUGACCACAGAUCUCCCGCCGCGCACCGCCACCAGCCCCGACCAUGUCUCUUCCUGGAGUGUCGGCUCCGACAAGCAGACGGGCCCUUGUUCUGCCGCCUCGGACAUGUCUACCGACAGGGUCUUUCCCAUCCGGUCCGUCGUCAGCGUCGACCCGGCCCAUAGGGGCCCCAUGGGCGGAGACGAUUACUUCGCCAGCCCCUCUGAUGUCGAAGCUCGCACGAUUCCCAUUCACCGCCUUAGCAACGCCCGUUAUGAGACUUCGCCCAUCGAGUACAGGAGGUCCGACACUCUACCUCCGUCUUCGGCGUCGACUACUCCCGGCGACUACAGCGCUCAGAUGCGAAGAAAGAGGGCCGCGAGCGGCCCUUUUUCCAGCAUUCAAGCCGACGCCGCUCGCAAAGGAACUGUCGCCCCCCUGAACUUGGUCAUCUCUACCUCAGACGAGGACUCUGAAGACUCGGGGCUCCGUGGUGGUGAACAGGCGGCUCCCGCAGCCGGCGAUUCUGGGCCAAGGAGCGCCUCGUUCGUCUCGGGACAGCAGUCCCUCGCUGAUUUGCCCCACGUCGCCACACGCUUCACCCACAUUAAGACUGAGGACGGUCACGCCGUCAUCACAGGCCGGGACGGAGUCCUGCAGCAGUGUGAAGACGAGGCGAUCCAUGCGCCCGGGGCCGUGCAAGGCUUCGGUGUCCUGCUUGCCUUGCGAGAGGAAUGCGACGGGAGCUUCGCGGUUCGAUACGUCAGCGAGAAUUCGGAAAAGAUGCUUGGCUACGGCCCCAAACAGCUCUUCCGACUCAAAAAUUUCAUGGACAUUUUGACCGAGGAGCAGCAGGACAACUUACUCGAUCACAUCGAUUUUAUCCGCGACGAGGAUGCCGAUCCUGCCGUCAACGGUCCCGAGGUGCUCAGCCUCUCCAUUCGUCCGCCGAAAAAGAGGAAGAGCGUCAAAUUCUGGUGUGCCAUCCAUAUCAAUCCCGCCCACCCCGACCUCGUCAUUUGCGAAUUCGAGCUCGACAACGACCACGAGUACCCACUUCGCCCAGCGGACGAGCUGACGCCCGACGUGCCGCACGACACGCUUCAUUCAAACCCCACCCUCGAGGAGAUUGAACAAAGCACCGAGAUCUUGAGCAAGCCCCUCCGCAUUUUGCGAAGUGCUAGGAAGCGGAGAGGCGAGCAAGGCGCCAUGCAGGUUUUCGACAUCAUGUCCCAAGUGCAGGAGCAACUCGCCUCUGCCCCCGACCUCGACACCUUUCUCAAGGUUCUCGUUGGCAUCGUCAAGGAGCUCACCGGUUUCCACCGCGUCAUGAUCUAUCAGUUUGACUCGUCAUUCAAUGGAAAGGUCGUCACGGAGCUUGUUGAUACCUCGCAAACCCUCGACCUCUACAAAGGACUCCAUUUUCCAGCCAGUGAUAUUCCCCAACAGGCCCGCGAUCUGUACAAAAUCAACAAGGUGCGGUUGCUGUAUGACCGGGAUCUUCAGACCGCGCGAAUCGUGUGUCGCGCGGCAGAAGAUCUCGACGUCCCUUUGGACAUGACGCAUGCAUAUCUCCGCGCCAUGUCACCCAUUCACCGCAAGUACUUGGCCAACAUGGCCGUGCGGUCGUCCAUGUCAAUCUCCAUCAACGCUUUCAACGAGCUGUGGGGACUCAUUGCCUGCCACUCAUACGGAAACCACGGCAUGCGGGUUUCUUUUCCCAUUAGAAAGAUGUGCCGUCUUGUGGGGGAUACCGCUUCUCGCAACAUUGAAAGAUUGUCGUAUGCCUCGAGGCUGCAGGCGAGGAAGUUGAUCAACACUGUGCCUACCGACAAGAACCCAUCCGGCUACAUCAUCGCGUCGUCGGACGAUCUUCUCAAACUCUUCGACGCCGACUUUGGGCUGCUCUCCAUUAAAGGCGAAACCAAAAUAUUGGGUAACUUGGAGCAGAGUCAGGAGGCCUUGGCCAUGCUAGAAUACCUGCGGAUGCGGAGGCUCACGUCUGUCCUGACGAGCCAGGACAUCAGAGAUGACUUUCCCGAUCUCCGAUACCCGCCCGGAUUUCAAGUCAUCGCAGGCUUACUCUACGUACCUCUGAGCGUGGGCGGGAACGACUUCAUUGUCUUCUUCCGCAGGGGCCAAGUGAAGGAAGUCAAGUGGGCCGGCAACCCGUAUGAGAAGACGAUUCGGCAAGGAACAUCGGGCUACCUCGAGCCGCGAAGCAGCUUCAGAAUGUGGAAUGAGACCGUCAUUGGCAAGUGUCGCGAGUGGAUUGAGGAACAGGUUGAGACGGCCGCUGUCCUGUGCCUUGUUUACGGCAAGUUCAUCGAGGUUUGGAGACAAAAGGAGGCAGCCUUGCAGAGCAGCAAGCUGACGCGACUGCUCCUCGCAAACUCGGCUCACGAAGUUCGAACGCCCCUCAACGCCAUUAUCAAUUACCUGGAAAUCGCCCUCGAAGGAAGCCUGGAUCAAGAGACUCGAGACAACCUGGCUCGCUCCCACUCUGCCUCCAAGUCCCUCAUAUACGUUAUCAACGACCUUCUCGAUCUGACAAAAACCGAAGAAGGCCAAAACCUGGUUAAGGACGAGAUCUUCGACUUGUCGGUGUGCAUCCGAGAAGCAACCGAUCCGUUCCAUGGUGAUGCCAAAAGAAAAGGGAUUGAAUACAGCGUCAACCAGCAUCCUGGCUUGCCUCAGUUCGUCUACGGGGAUGGCCGCCGUGUCCGGCAAGCCAUAUCAAACAUUACGGCAAACGCGGUGGCACACACUCACAGCGGAUCCGUCCACGUCGAGACAUUUGUGUCUGAAGUCAAAGAGCGACAAGCCAUUAUCGAUAUCAUCGUUUCGGACUCGGGCGUUGGCAUGGGCGCACAGCAACUAGACGCACUUUUCCGCGAGCUAGAACAGGUCAGCAGCGAAGAGCCCGAGCCAGAGGAUUCCCCGGACCAGAAAGGGCUCGAGAUUCUCGCGGCUCCGGACGCGUUGAAAGCCGCACCCGAGGGCGAGAUCAUGCUCAUUGAUCGCGGGAGCUCCAUCAGUGUCGCUGUCGAGGGAGAGAAGACGACUCUCGAGGAGACCAGCUCGGGAAGCCAUCAGAGCGUGGGUAGCUUGGGUAGCCGCGGAAGCCACCAAAGUGAUGCCGAUCGGCUGAUCAACGCCAUCCAAACCCCUCUAUCCCUGAACGAUAACCAGACGGGAUACUUUGCGAGUCGCCCCGACUCCAAGGGUAGUUCCACCCAUGCCCCGUCGCGGACGAGCUUCAGCGGUGCUCCCCUCUCUGCGAGCCCUCAGUCCCGCAUUGCGGAGGUUAGCGAUUCCAAGACUCCAGUUCGGGCUAUCAAGGUGCCCGAUGAGUACCAGGGUAUGCCUGCGCCUGGUUAUGCCGGCGAGCAGUCUCGCGUCCUGUUUGAGCUCGCCAAUGAAAGUGCCCACAAGCCCAGUCCAAGCAGGAGUGGCGCUGGCACCCGUGCAGCUGACACCAGCUCGAUCCGGACUUUGAUAGCAGAGGAUGACCCGAUCAACAUGAAGAUUCUGCGCAAGAGACUGGAAAGGGCCAAGCACGAGGUGCGACAUGCUGUCAACGGCGAAGAUUGUGCAACUCUGUACAAAGAAGACUCCUCUUCUUUCGAUGCCAUACUCAUGGACAUGCAGAUGCCCAUUGUUGACGGCCUCACCAGCACCAAGAUGAUUCGGUCGAUCGAGGGCUCCUCAGAUCACAAGGGCUAUUCAGAGCUGGCGGCCCUCAACGGCCGCAUCCCGAUCUUCGCAGUCUCUGCCUCCUUGGUGGAGAACGAAAGGCAAACUUAUAUUGACGCAGGCUUCGAUGGAUGGAUACUGAAGCCUAUCGACUUCAAGCGCCUCAAUACCCUCCUUCAAGGCAUUUCCGACAACAAUUCACGCAGCAAUUGCCUUUACGUCGCGGGACAGUGGGAGCGUGGUGGCUGGUUCGCCUCGAGGGACGUAUCCGAUGGCGGCAGCUCAAGCCAGAUUACCCCUCGUGCUGAAGAGGAGAGGGCGUAA